AUGUCCCAGACGACGCGUAGGUUCCUGCCGUUGCAGAAGACCCUCUCCGAUGGUGAAAUUCGCGUGGAGAGACGCGAGCUGAUCGGCGAAACCGGUGAACCGAGUUAUCCUCACACGUGCAGGAGGAAUCAUCAGGACCCCUGGGGCAGGACCGUCAGAGCACCCGUCCAAUUCUCCUCGACGCCCGAGGAUCUGUCCUUGCUCAGGGUCGCUUCGCCCCAAGAGGAUCAUCCCGAAGAGGAGUUUCACGAGAAUAUCAUCCGGAAAUGCGGACUUUUCCGGAAGAGAAGCGUGUCAUUGGAGGACGGUGUGCAAGGCUUAGCAGCGGACGACUUCAUGCUACCGAGAUCGCUCCCCACGUCCCCUACAUCGCCGACUGCAGUGGCAGCGCCACGGAGGAUUUUGCAAAGCCCAAAGGACUACGAGUCACCGGUUCGUCCAAUCCGGCAAAGCGGACAAAUUUGUCCGCUACUUUUCAGUCCUGGGACCGUGAUUUCCGGUUUGAUCACGUCUCCGUUCGCGUCCAGCGAUUCGCUAACGAACGACGUCACAAGGGACCACAGCGACGGAAUUUGGAACGAGUCUCAGGCGACGGUCCUCCAGGCUGACUCGUUGGCCCUUUUGACACCGUCCUCGAGGAGAAGGCACCUCCUGCUUCUUCAGCAUCAACAACGUUCCUCGAUGGACACAGAGGCGUUGGAUAUCGAAGAGACGAUGGAAUCGCGUCCUUCCAGUCCGAGGAUACGCCUCGAGCCGUCAACGCCUCUUCAAGCGUUAACACCGAGCGUCGAAUCGUCCGUGACGUCGCUCAACGGCAGACCCAGAGGCGUAUUCCGUCGACCAAGCCCAGGCCCGCCACUGUCGCAGCCCCAGUCGCAGUCGUCCAGCGAAUUCGGGCUGAGCCUAGCUAGAACGGACUCGGGCGGUCGCACCAACACAGACCUGUCCGAAACCUCGACCACCGAGGACUACGUCACUGCCAACACCUCCACCGAGACUGGGACCACAACCGGCACAUCCGCUACGACCAGUUCCUGGUCCAGGCCCCCGCACACCUCUAGCGCCGCGGCCUCGGCCUCGGCGACAGCCACUGCCGCGGAGGGAAGCUCCUUCGAGAGCGCCAGCUCGAUUUACAGCCUGGCUCGCAGCGAGGCCGUCGUAGAAGAGCCAUGCAGCCCGCCACCGAUAUUGGAGGAAACGGAAAUUCCAUUUAGACUGGAGGUACCCCCGUCGCCAGCUAGGUCCACGAGCAGCAGUAGUUCGGGCAGUUACGACCUGAAAGAUGCCAUGACAGAUCCGGGUCAGGAGCUCGAGCAACAGACAGCGCCGCCAAGCGGACACACCUCGGAAACCGAAUUGGACCGUGACGAAGGCCACCGCUCGUCUUCCGGUGGCUAUGCCGAGUCCCCGCCUGAUCUUCGUGGUUGGACCGAGGAAGAACGUCGCAGACGAAGGAAGACCUUCACUCUGGAAUUUCUGGGGGGCACGUCGGGCGUCGAACGCAGCUCAGAAUUGUACGGGGACAACGUCGAGAUCAGCCCGACUCCGAGCCAUCGUCAUCGGCCAAGAGGCAAGUCCACGAACGCCAGGAGCCCGCACAAGAACAACAGAAAACGCGAAACGGUGCAGCAACAGUCGGUGCAAGUGCAACAGCAACAGCAAGUCACUAGGAGCCCUCAGAAGGAAGACUGGCGCGUGGAACAGGCUGAAGAUGGCGGCCAUGUGCCAACUUCGGAUGAUUCCAGCUGCAGCCACCACUACCAUCUGCACCAUCACCAUCAUCAUCACCUCCAUCGCGAGGGCGCUGACGGCAGGCAUAGGAGGACGAGGGAGAGUCCGAGGAGGAAGACCACUGGUUACGUAUCUGCUAGGAGGAGGAGUAACGAGGACAAGAACGCGGCCAUAACAGGCAGCCUGCCCCGAAGAAGAUCGCGAGCGGCGGACGACAUAAUGUGUUCGAGGCUGAGCCCGGGCCGUUAUCAACGCAGUCCAGGGCACAACGGACAACGGGCAGUGAUCGUGGAGUCACAGAGCCCAGAGGCGAGAUUAAAGGCUCUUUCAGCGGAAUCGUUGAGGUCCGUCAGUCCAGGGAGCGACAGCGUCUUCUACAGCGAGGGCGCGGACCAAUGCUUGACCAUCAGCGCCCUCGACGCCCCGCAUUGUCACCAUUGCGGCAGAGAGGUCUCGGAAGAGAUCGUUCGACCACCGGCAGGUUUCGCGGACUCCCCGGAAGGACACAGGUCCUCCACGAAGCACGUGCCUGGCCACAGGCUGUACAAGAAGUUCGACAAGAGGUACAGGUCUGAGGAUCGGGGCGAUAGGAGGCAUCGGCGAAGCAGUGCUGGUAGAUCGGACGUCCGCGCGAAAUCCGAGGAAAGGGUGGCUUCCAGACGCGGAAGCCGAGGAUCCAUCGACGACACCGCCGCUGGCAGGAAGAGGCUUCACGCGAGGAGCACAGAUGUUAGCUUGGAAAUCCUUACGGGUCGAGAGGACGAGGACACGUACGUGGAGCCGUACACCAGCAGCGAAUGGAUCUACAUCGGUGACCUCGAGGAAAGCCACGUGUGGAAGAGGCCAGACAGCAGGGAAGACGACGACGAAAUUCCAGAAAGCGUGGCCAAAGAGAGGAGGAGCUCUCAGGAAUCGACGGAGAGCGAGAGAAACUUUAGGAAAAAGUAUCAGGCGACAACGCAGAGGAUAGUGCACCGGAAGAUCAGCGGGGAGAUGUACAAAAGGAUACAGACCAAGAGUUUCGAUGAGUAG